GAAAUUGAAAAUGGCCCUUCAGCUAUGCUAGGGCUAUGAUGGGAAGUGUCACAGUUCGAUAUUUCUGUUAUGGGUGCCUCUUUACAUCUGCAACGUGGACAGUUUUGCUUUUCGUUUAUUUCAACUUUAGUGAAGUGACUCAGCCACUUAAGAAUGUGCCCAUCAAGGGGUCUGGGCCCCAUGGACCAUUUCCAAAAAAAUUCUAUCCCCGUUUCACUCGAGGUCCAAGUCGAGUAUUAGAGCCACAGUUCAAAGCAAACAAAAUUGAUAGUGUAAUAGAUAAUCAUUUUGAAGAUCCAGAAAAAGGCCACCUGAAAUUCUCUUCUGAAUUGGGUAUGAUUUUUAAUGAACAGGAUCAGGAGUUGAGAGACUUGGGCUACCAGAAACAUGCCUUUAAUAUGCUUAUUAGUAACCGCUUGGGCUACCAUAGAGAUGUGCCAGAUACAAGGAAUGCAGCAUGUAAAGAGAAGACCUACCCCGCUGUCCUGCCUGUUGCUAGUGUUGUUAUUUGUUUCUACAAUGAAGCCUUUUCUGCCUUGCUCCGGACAGUGCACAGUGUCCUGGACCGCACACCAGCACAUCUGCUGCACGAAAUCAUUCUCGUGGAUGACGAUAGUGACUUUGAUGAUUUGAGAGGAGAACUAGAUGAAUAUAUCCAAAAAUACCUCCCCAGAAAAGUUAAAGUAAUAAGAAAUACAAAGCGUGAGGGGUUGAUUCGAGGAAGAAUGAUUGGAGCAGCACAUGCCACAGGAGACGUCCUCGUGUUCCUGGACAGCCACUGUGAGGUGAACGUGAUGUGGUUGCAGCCCUUGCUGGCCAUUAUCCGCGGGGACCGGCAGGCUGUGGUGUGCCCAGUGAUCGACAUCAUCAGUGCUGACACACUCGCCUACAGCUCGUCCCCUGUCGUCCGGGGAGGGUUCAACUGGGGGCUGCACUUCAAGUGGGACCUUGUUCCCCUCUCGGAGCUAGGAGGAGCAGAAGGAGCCACUGCACCGAUAAAGUCACCUACAAUGGCUGGUGGAUUGUUUGCCAUGAACAGACAGUAUUUCAAUGAACUUGGACAGUAUGACAGUGGCAUGGAUAUCUGGGGAGGAGAAAAUUUGGAAAUAUCAUUUCGGAUCUGGAUGUGUGGAGGGAAGCUCUUCAUCAUUCCUUGCUCUAGAGUAGGGCACAUUUUCCGAAAAAGGCGACCAUAUGGAUCUCCUGAAGGCCAGGACACCAUGACCCACAACUCUUUGAGGCUGGCCCAUGUCUGGUUGGAUGAAUACAAGGAACAGUAUUUUUCCUUAAGACCUGAUCUGAAGACUAAAAGCUAUGGGAAUAUCAGUGAACGUGUCGAGUUGAGGAAGAAGCUGAGUUGUAAAUCAUUUAAAUGGUAUUUGGAUAAUAUUUACCCAGAGAUGCAGGUGUCUGGGCCCCACGCCAAAGCCCAACAACCCAUUUUUAUCAACAGAGGGCCAAAACGCCCCAAAGUCCUUCAACGUGGAAGGCUGUAUCACCCUCAGACCAACAAAUGUCUGGUGGCCCAUGGCCGCCCAAGUCAGAAGGGAGGCCUAGUGGUGCUAAAGGCCUGUGACUAUGGUGACCCAAACCAGAUCUGGAGUUAUAACGAAGAGCACGAAUUGGUUUUAAAUAACCUCCUUUGCCUCGAUAUGUCAGAAACCCGCUCGUCAGACCCACCACGACUCAUGAAGUGCCAUGGGUCAGGAGGAUCCCAGCAGUGGACCCUCGGGAAGAAUAAUCGGCUGUACCAGGUGUCUGUUGGACAGUGCCUGAGAGGGGUGGAUCCCCUGGGUCAGAAAGGCUCUGUUGCUAUGGCGAUCUGUGAUGGCUCCUCCUCACAACAGUGGCAUUUGGAAGGUUAAGGUGGGCGCCAUGCUGGAAUGGCGGUUCAUCAGGCUUUGCCUCCUCUGUAAGGUGCGGUGCUUUGCAAGAAUGUUGCUGCUGCAAGGACAGCCUGAGCUGAUUCCCUGGUUGGGUAGAGCCAUCCUGGAGAGGAUGACCAUUUCCCUGUCCUCCUGGAGGUGCCUGGGAAGGUUAGCAGAGCUGACACAGCGGAUCUGGUAGAGAUGGGAGCACGGAGUGACCAUCAGCAGGUGAAGAAGGAUGUUUCACUAAGACAUUAGGUCAUUUGUGAGCUGCUAUUAAGGAAUUUCUUGCUUAUAGAGGUAAAUCAGAAUAUAAUUUUAACUAGGAAAAGUCAGGUUUGAACAGGGGGACAAAACCCAGGAAAUGGACGUUUCUAUUCAGAUUUAUUUAUGCUUCUUUCUUAAUCCCCUUUAAUGAUGGAAUGGUUUUUAGCUGAUCAGGAACUUCUCCUGAUUUCCCUUCUUAGAAGACUUCAUAGGAGACAAUUUUUUUUACUUCUGUUAUCGUUUGUUGAUUGUUUUAAAUAGAUAAUUUUAAACACUGAGUGAAUCCACAUUACUUGUAACUUCAGAAGGCAUCAUAAGACAAUAUUUAAGAGGCAGUUAACUAUUAUAAAUUAUUUUGAUGAAUGAUGAUACUAUCUACAUUUAAAAUAAAGGAUCCUUUGUCUGCUCUGUA